AGUAUCCCGGGGCCAGCACCUACACGACAGAGAGUGCAGGAGGGAGGGGAGGGGGGUAAAGUGAAGAGGAUGUUCCAGGUGGAGAAGCAGGAGUUCGGUGAGCAUUUCGCCCGGGGCCCCCGGGUCAGUGUGGCCAACACUUGCGGCGAUUUCAUGAGCGACACCUCGAGCUUGGUGAGUGACUUGGACGAGACGGACUAUGAGGUUGGCCGCUUGACAGCGCUAGCUUUCCGCAGCCUGGCCUGCCCUCCCAGCGGCUACAUGGAGCUGUUCGAGUCCGGGGGCUCCACCGACCUCUCCCUGGACCUGUCCGAACGCAGCAGCGACACCACCCAAUGGUCCACCUCGGCGGAGCUGGGCAUGAGGCCAGGGAGCCGGGAGCCUGGACCCCGGGAAGCCCCUGCCUGCGGGAGCAGCCACUUCGAGUGUGUGGAGGUGGCUGUGGAAAGCCAGAAGGAAAAUCAUGGUGGUGGGGCCAGGGGCACUGUGCCCAAGAGGGAGAUCCAGUUCAAGAAGAGGGAGAGCGGUGAGCUGAGUGUUUUGCAGACCAUUGCCUGCCCAGAGGAGAGGAAGACCACCUCCUGGGAGGAGGAGGUCAGGACCAAUAGCCUGCACCGAGCCGAGCCCCAGGAAGAAUGCUCCAAAAAGGCCAAAUUUGCCUCCUGCCACAUCUCCAACGUCAUCUCCAAGAAGAUGCAGUUUGAGCAAGAGCUCAAGAUGGAGCGGGGGGCCGUCCAGGACCCCUUCUCGUCUGUGCCGUCCACCCCGUCCUCGGCCCCUGUCAAAGAAUUCGAGUUCCCCCUGCCAGGUCUCGCUCAGGAGGAAGAGCCUGGCAGAGGCUGGGAGUUCAGCACCGAGCUGCUGGGAGGCAGGAGGAGCGUGGUGCUGCAGGAGGGCUGCUCGGAUACUGGCCCUGCCCAGGCCACCCCACAUCCUGGCGGCUUCAGGGGCUGGAAGGAGAGCUGUACCGAGGAUCAGAAAGCAGGGAAGCCAGGGAGAGCAGGAAUCUUCAGUGAUUCCAAACCUGAAAAGGCCACCGCGCACAACAGCCUGGAGGAGAAAUAUGUGGAGGUUAUCCCACAGGUUACCAACUACCUCAGCCAUCCCACUGUGUUUGAAGACAAGCCCAGCUAUAAACAACUUGGUCAUAAAAUAGACAGUGUAAAAUCCAGGAGCAGUGUAAUGCCACAACCACCCAAGGUGACACCUGUACCUCCAACCACACAAGAGAAGCUUGUGGACCCAUACGGGACAAUUGAACAGCUGGCUCCAAACAUAGGCUCCCGCAGCAAGAUCAUCCCUCUUGACCCUAAAUAUCAGACUCUGCCUGCUUCAUUUAAAUUCGAGACUGAUGAUUGUAGAAUCGUUGACCCCCAGUUUGACCGAGGUGAACUGACAGCACAGAGAGCAAAGGGGCCCAUCCAUCAGGUGCGUGAUGUGCGUAAACUGGUCAAGAAUACAUACGGAGCGCUAAGUUUCCGUGGCUCCGGGGAAGCCAAACCUUCUGGAAUUUUGCAUCCUGAUGAUUCCCAACUGCUCGCAGAGUCUGAUCAAACCAACGUACCAGUGGCCAACAUCGCAAUGCUGCCUAUGAACAUUCAAUGCAAAUCCAUAAAUUGGAAAGGUAAUCGAGAAAUGUCUUGCAAUUCAUCAGUAGACAAGAAAUAUUGGACCUACGCAGGGAGUACAGACACCUCCAGGUUAUAUUCAUCUGAUAUCAAGCUGCUACUUCCAUCUGAUAUUAAGAAAAGCAAGACAGAUCCAUUUAAGAAAGCAGAGACCGAAAACAAGACUUGCAAAAAAGUUGGGAAAGCAGAGGGUGCAUUGGCGAUUCAAUCUGCAGAUUCAAAGAACAUCAAGAAGAAAAACAAAAUUGAUAAAUCGCAAAGCUCACCUGCUUCAAGAAAGGAAGCUGCCAGAAUUUCUCCUUUAAGAGAUGGCUCUAAAAAGGACACACAAGAGAAACAAGAUGUAAAUUUGGUGAGGAGGCUUCCAGCUGGUGAAGAUCGUAAUUUGACAUCUGAGACAGACAAAGUCAAAAAGAGUUGGUCAGCUGGUGUAGACAACCAAUGCCCAUAUUCAUCACUGUUGAAUUCACAUUCAAAAGGUAUUAAGGUUGAGACUGGUGGAGAAAAAACAAAGAAAGAUUCAGCAGAAUCCAUUCCGAAACAGGAGAAUACAGUGCUAAACAAUAAUGUUGGUACUAAAAAAGAUGACCCAAUGAAACCGCAUAGCCAAUUAAAACCUACUGGAAGUGUCACUUCUCUCAAAGAGGAUUUGAGUUUGACACAUGGGAAAAGUGAUUCAAUAAAAGAAACUCAAGACAGACCAGAAAAGCAAAAUAAACUCCAGAAGAUUGCGAUUUCAAGAAAUAACAUUGCCAAAACAUUGGCUGAGAAGGAUGAGUCAUUAAACCAGAGCAAACAUUUAAACAUUUCAACUCCCAAUUUAACCAACUCAAAUAUUUCAAAAGGAAAAGAUACAUUAGAGAGCAAGGUUGACUCCAGAUUGGAUCAGCAGAAGACAUUUCGAAAGGUGUCUUCAUCAAAAAAUGAGAGCACCCAAGAAUUAACCAGGAAAGGGGAAUUGAACAAGGAAGGUCAGUUCAGAAAGUUAGGAAAUAAGAGUGACAAUGUGGUUUUAAAGACUGAAGAAAUUGAAGGAACUGAGGAAUGUGGAAGAGAAGGUCAAGUCAAGGGGGAGCAGAAAAGUCAACGCUUUGGGAAAUCUACUAUCAGUGGCGAAGACUUACUGUCACCAGUUGGGAAAAAGGAUGAUGCAAAGAAGGUUCAGAUUGGACUGGAAAAGAAGACUGUAGUGAUGAGUAGCUCCCUCUCACAAACUGUAGACAACGCAAAAUUAUCUGGGAGAGGUGAGCCUAGAAAUGAGUCACAUGUUGGAUGGCAGAAGGACAAGAGAUUCUCAAGUAAUCCCACCUUAGAGAGUGAAGUCAUCAAAUCAUCAUGCGGGAAAUAUGAAACGGUCAAAGAUAUCCAAAUUCGCUUAGAGAAUCAGAGUAAGAAAUUGGGAAGCUCUAACGAAGAAAAGUCAAUGUCUGGGAAAGCCAAGGCUAAUAAUGAGAGCCUGUCUGGACUUGAAAAUCGAAAAACCCCUCAGGAUUAUUGUGCCCAGAGUAGCGAAAGCAUUAAAUCGUUCAUGUACAAGACUGAGACUAAGAAAGAGAGCCUGAAUGACUCUCAGAAUCAUGUUAAAAAAGGGAAAGCUGAACAAGCUUCGGAAAAAGCAGGCAUGAAAGUGCUAAAGGAAUCACAGCCAAUCAAAGAUAGUUAUGUUUUGUCAUUGAUCUUAGAAGAAGAAAACAGGAAUAACUUGGAGUCCACUGAUGCCAAAAUGAGAAACAAACAGUCAGUAUCUGUGAAGCAUCAAUUCUUAAAUGAUCCUGGUGUACAAGCUUCCAUUUCCUCUUCCGUUAACAGCACAGAUAAACAAACUGUAUCCUGUGUGAAGCCCACAGAUCACCAUCAAACAGUAACAAGCUCAGUGAAGACAUCAACUCACAAACUGGAAAAUCAUAGUAACUCAAAAGGUUCAUCAACCCUCACUGCUGAAAUGCCCAAGUCAACACCCAAAGCAACUUAUCAGCAGACACAUUCACAGAUCCAUUCAAGUUUAACAGAGUUUAAUGUGAAGACACUCCCUGCUGUCAAGUUGUCCAGCCAGGAUAUGAACAAGUUGAGUUCAUCUGCAGUUGAAACACAGCCCACAGGUGGAGCAAUCACUCAGGAACAAGCAUCACUUUCCCUGGACAGCGUAAAUUAUCUUGCCAUUCCUAUGAAAGAGCAGAAAGCACAGGUGCCCAAUGUGGGACUAACAGCUGUUUCUCCUCGAGCUUCCACCUUCAAAGCAAAUCCACCAUCGGCGAUCCCCUACUUUCAGCAUCAGCGCAGCGUGGAGGCAAAUGAUCCUCAAAGGCAAGACAAACAGACAGUGUCUCAUCGAGUUACCCAGGAUGCACAGUCCCCUGGCGUUCAGCUGAAAAAUCCAACUUACUCUUCUGUAAAUCAAACCCAGCUUCAAUUCUCUCCGGGUGCUAGGACGUCAAACCUUGUGGAGACAGGUUGUGAAGUUCCACAAUCUUCUCAAGACUUGGACAACUCCCCUGUGCCUUGUUAUCAGUAUCCUCAAACUCAGAGAAAAAUGCUUGUGGAUCCAGAAACAGGAAAAUAUUACUUUGUGGAUGCUCCGAUUCAACCUCCUCGUAAAAUGCUGUUGGAUCCGGAAACAGGGCAGUACGUGGAAGUCAUGAUGCCUCAGCAUCCCUACGGCGGAGUAUAUCAAGUGCCUUUCCCUCCUUACCUUAUAAAUCCAGGAGUCAUGAGCCCAUCUUAUUUACCAAAUAUGCCAUACCCUGGGUUAUUUGUAGGACCUCCUGUGUCUUCUCAAAGGCCUAUGGAACUGCAAGGCCAAGUACUGCCCCAACAGAGUAUCCCACAAGGUAAAGCAGAUUCACAGCAACAUAAACAGUAUGUCCAGAGGAGUUUCUCUGCUGACUCAGCAAACUUGGAGGCCUUGUAUUAUAUACCAACAGGUAUGCCAUUAUAUCCCAACCCAGGCCAGCCUGGUCUGCAGCAAAUACCAAUCCAAGCUAAAUCUUGUGCUGAAAUUAGAGACAGCAAAACUACAGGCAUUUGGUCAAUGCAACAAAUUUAUGGGGUCAGUAACCUUCUCCCCCAUGGAAGGCCAAGUAGUUUUAUGGUGGAGUAAAAACCUAAGUAGGUACAUUUGAUGACAGGCUGAAAAAGGGCAAUGAGAACCUGCAGCUGAGCAAGAAUCAAGCAUCGGCCACAGAUUCAACCACACAGUCAUGUCAGAGAUGAAUGGCAUUCACUGAAAAGUAUUUUUCUCCAGACAUCACACCAUUAUCAGUCCAGGGACACACAGCUCAAUGGGAAAAACCACUCAGUUUAUUCAAGUGAUGUUGAAAAGCAUCUUGUGAAUCCCCAGCAACUUAACGGCAACGUUGAAUAUCAACUUGGGCCAAUUCCUUGCGAAUGUUUUCAUUUCCAUUGGAAUCUGUGAUCAAUUCAUGCAACGCUUGAAAGGGCUCAAUGACUUUGGCCUCCUAUUUGGGGAGAAAGGAACAACAUUGAAGGUGUUUGGUUACUCUUUCUUAAAGCUAUUGCAAAAGGGUGAUUUACUGUGCUAAGGCAAAGAGUAAAAGGGCAAACUUAUGCCCUAGACCCAUGAUUUAUAUUCUUUUUAAGCAGAUUCCAUCUUAUUGUCUACAAAAGGAGACAUUGAAUAUAUCUGUGACUAUUAAAUAAUGUUCAGUUGUGUCAGAUUUUGUGUGUGUGAAAUGCAGUUGCCAGCAACAUUGGUCACAAUUCCAGAGUCAACUGGAGUGAAGGUUGCAAAGGCAUAGAAAUGUACCCUCUUGCUUUUGGGAAAAUUUUCAUUUCCUUGUGUACCAUGCAUGUGAGAAUGUUUCGCUCAGUCUUCAGAAUUUCGCUGUGCUAUCAGAAACUGAACUUAAUGAUUAGUUUAUAAAGAGAAGUUACUUUAUUAACUUGACAAGCACAAACAGGUUUUUAUUAUUUUAUUGGCACAAUGGUUGUUAAACCAUCCUGUACCAUCUCAAAGUAAUUGACAACCUGUCAAUAGGAAAUUGCUUUCUGGGGAUUCUUUAACCUGUUCCACAAGUCAUGUUAGCACAAAAUUAAACAGGGUGGAUUAUAUAGGGCGAUGCUGGGAAAAUACAGGCUCAGUAUUUCAUAUUUAGUAAAACUAGUGAUGUUAGGGAUAAAUCAUACUACAAGUAUCACCUCUAUAGAUUGAAACACUUAUGACCAAUAGUUACUCAAUUUACAUGCUAGUUUGAUAAUUGUACUACAUAAUUCAAAGACACUUAUAUUUAUGUACAAAAUUCUCAGUGAUCUUCACAGCGUACCAUCAUUGAAGAGCAGUGGCUUGUUAUUUUGAUAAAUGUGAUGUGAGUGAGGAAGGUCUGUCAUUUUUAGGUAUUGCCAAUACCAAAGGAAUUAAGAUAGAUCCAAUAAAGAUUUCUCUAGCUUUCAUAUGGGGUGGGAGUGUGUGGGACUGGUGAAUGAGAAUGUGGACUGUGUCAAGUAACAUUUUCUAAUGUAUGCCAGGCAAUUGGUGAGGUAGGUGCAUGAUUGCACUUUGAUGCCAAGUUGAAAGUAUGAAGCACUUUUUCACUGACAAUGGCACAGCUCAGAUAUAAAGUAAAAACUGCUUUUUCCUAAUAAGUAAUGAUCUUUCCUGCCCCAACCUCUAAGAUUCCCUGUUGCACUAGUGCGACCUUUCAAUUAAAAAAUACUUGGCCAAUUUUGUGAAUGGGAUGACUGGUUCUUAAAAUGUUCUGCUUGUUUCCUUCUGGGAGCUUACAUUCACUAUUAAUUGGCCUAAUUUCAUUUAGAGUGCUUGCCUCUGCUGCCAGGAUAUGUUUGGAGAGAGAGAGAGAGAGGGGAAGAGAUUCCCCUGCUAUCUGAAUCACAGAUUUGUUACAGUACAGAAGGAAGCCAUUCAGCCCAUAGUAUCAACUCCCUGUUCUCUGAGCAUUUUGACUUCGUAGGAGACAGUGAGGGCAGCAGAUGCUGGAGAUCAGAGUCAAAAGUAUGGUGCUGGAAAAGCACAGCCAGUCAGGCAGCAUCCGAGGAGCAGGAGAAUUGAUGUUUCAGGCAUAAGCCCUGAUGAAGGGCAUUUUGACUUAAUGCCAAUCUCCUCCUUCUCUCUGUAACCCAGCACAUUGUUUCUAUUUAAGUAAUUAUAUAAUGUCUCAAAUAAAUAAACAAAAAAAUUCCAAAAGAAAGACAACUAAAUUGAGUUUGGAAUGGAAUUGAAAGCUAGACUGAGGGAUGGGACUACCAUUGCUUGUUGAAAAUAGUCUGAAGUCCUGCCAAAUGAUCCAGUAUACUUGGAAACAGACAACUGUAACACUAAGAGGAACAUCAUAACUAUUUAUGUGCUGCAUUCACCUCACUCCUUGAACAUUCAUUCAGAUCAAUCCCAAAGAGCUGCCACUAUAGCAGUUCCUGUUUAAUUCAGAGCAUAGCUGCAAACCUCGUGGGAUGCUGUACCAGAAUAUAUCUUAAGAACAAAUUCACUGGCUCACAUAAAUAGUGCAAGACAUAAAUUCAUGAAAUGAUAUGCCACAGAAAGAGGCCAUUUGGCCCAGGCGCAUCUAUCCAAUGAAUCCCACCGGCCUGUCCUUUCCCCCAGACUACUGCCAAUGCCUCCACUUUAAAUACUUACCCAAUUUCCUUUUGAAAAUGACCAUUGAGUUGGUUCACAGCACACUUUCAGGCAGCACAUUCCUGAUCAUAACAACACAAUGUGCAAUUUUUUUCUUACAGGCCCUUCUGGUUUGUUCACCAAUUGUCUGAAACUUGUGCAAAAAGGGGAAAGAAUUUCUGUGGAUGGAUUCAAGGUACAAAAACUAAUCUGAAUGCUGAGUUAACACACUAGAAUAUAUUCCUCUUUGACAUAUCCAUUUGUGUAUAACAGUGUGGCACAGUGGCAAAUGGUGCAUGUUACAGAUGUUCAAGGACUAGCACAGGUACAAUGGACCGAGUGGCCUCUUUCUGACUUGUAUAAUUCCAUGGUUCCUAUUGGAAUGUUUGUGUGACAGGUGAGAACAGGACAACAAGGGGCUAUAAUGCCUUGAGAACACUUACAUUUUGUGCAUUCACCUGCUGAAGGGACUGCUUGGCUGAAGUAGUGGAGGGGAGCUGCUAGGUAUUCACCUGCGUCCCGGCAACGCUGGGUCAAUGAAUAACAGCUGUCAACAUUUUGCUGCAAAUUCAAUCUAAAGUUAACGGUAAAAGAUGUAAAAUUCAGAAUUGAUACUGGUACCUUUAUCCUCUCCAUGCCUCAAUGGUAUCACUCUUGUCUCUCAGUCACAAGGUUAUAGGUUUAAGUUCCAAUUAAGACACUUCAGAACAAGGUUUACGCUGGUACUUCAGUGUAGAGCUAGGAGGUUCUUCUUAUUGGAAAAGGUGUUAGACCAAUGCCCUGCCUGCUCUCUUAAAUCGAGGUAAAAAAUCCAAUGGAAAACUAUUUCAAAGGAAGCCAGGGUUCUGCCUGAAAUGGAUCCUGCAGGAUCACCAAAAACAGAUAUUCUGGUCAUUUAUUUCUGAGGUGUUUAUGAAAGCUUGCAGUGCAGAAAUAACCAUGGUGCUUCCUACAGUACACAGUGACUGUGCUUUAAGAGGAUUUUCUAGACUGUACAGUGCCUUUGGGGACAUUGUAAGUUUGUGAAAGAUGCUGCUUAAUACAAGUUCUUCUUAUUUCUUGAAACCAUGCCAGGUACAGUGUGUUCAGUAGUGACUUUAGUAAAUGAAUUGUGGAGACAUGUAUAUUUACAUUGAAUCAUACUACUCAUUGAUGUUGAACUCAUGUUUUCUGGAAGUUGAAGACACUAUUUCUAGCCAUGCUUUUGUGCUAAGUAGUGGCACUAUUUUGUAUCUGAUAAUGUAUCAAUAAUACGAUAUUUUACAGGUUUGUCUUGUACA